GGAUUAGAAAAAUGCCUAUUGCACCAACUCAAUCGUCUCCAAUGGAUCGUGUCUACAGACGCAUUGAUUUUGAGCAACUGAAAAUGCCAAUUGGAUUUAUUCGGCUUCUUGAAGCGGUGUUCUGUCUAAUUGUCUUUGCUGCUUUUCACGGCUGGCAAUUCGACCUUGAUAUUAAAUGUGGCCCUCCAACGGCAAAAAAUCAAACAGAAAGAGCAACUUAUGAAUAUCAUUCUCUUGAUAUUAGUGGCUAUAAAGUCCAUCGAUGUAAUGAUUCGGAUACUGAAGUUUUUCUGUUUAAGGAUGACUUUGGCUCUGGAACUGAUUUCUACUCAUAUCUAAUUCCAUUAUCUUUAUUCUUGACAACCGGUAUGUUGCUCUUCUACAUUUUCUCCUAUGGAGUUUAUGCAAGUGAUGACAGAUUACCCAUUCUUGAUUUAACGGUAACUGCUCUUUUGGCUGUUUUUUGGAUGUUUGGGACUCUAUUCUUUUCAAUUUCUGCACGCAGAAUUGAAGAAGCUACAAAACCCGAAAAUGUAAAUGCAACACUUGCGGCAAUAGAUAUUUGUGGGGGCAGAAAAUGUGAAUAUACUUCUUAUUCAGUUCACGCAACUUUGGCGAUUGCUUCGCUUGCUGGUGUUGGUCUUUUUAUUCUUUUUACUGGAAACAUCUGGUAUAUUUACAAAGAAACUCCAUACUUUCGAAAUCGCCAAUCAAGACGUAAUUUGCACCACAAUAAUUUGCCGGCGGCAGAGCCCUAUACUUUGGAAUGAAGGUGGAAAAAUAAAAACUGGUUAGAUAAGUAUUUAUUUUAAAUAAAAAACUUUUACUUUUGGACUACUCUGUUCAUCUACUUAAUUUUAAAAUUAGAGAUUGGAGGGAUAAACCAUAAAAAAUUCUUUUUGAGAUGUUCAAGGGAAUGCUUGCUUUUUCGACUUAUUUCCGUGUGAAAAUCUAAUUUGAUUGCUAAAUUAAUCGGCUCACUGUAGAUUCGUCCAACCUGCAUUGCCCCUCUUAGAUUCGCCUCCCUGACCAAAAACUCUGGAUUCGUCCCACCUAAAAAUUCGUCUCAUCUAAAAAUGUCCAACAGAGUCAAGAAUCUCGGCAGCUGGCACAUUUGACAUGUUCGGCAAAUGAGUAUUUUUACUCUGUGGACAUUUUAAGAUGGGAGGAAUUUUAGGUGGGACUAUCCAUGGGUUUUUGUUCAUUGGGACGAAUGCAAGCGCAGCUACAUAAAUUUGUUUUGGGGUGUAUGAUCU